AUGGUUGCGGCGGGGGCGAAGGGAGCGCCCAGCUGCACCCCUCCCCGGACUCCCCCGCCGCCCGGAGCGAGAGCAGCCCUCGCCCACCCUUUCCGGCGCGCCGGCCUCUCCUCCUCCUCCUCCUCCUCCUCCGCUGCGGAGCCAGGCGGGGCCUGGCGCAGCAGCCGGCGGUGCAGCGGCAGCGGCGGCCGGGCCAUGGAGGAGGCUUCGGCGGGCGCGGCGUCGAGCGCUCCCCGCCGGCUGGCCCUGGAGCAGGUGUACCGGCUGGCCGGGGCGCUGGGCUCGGAGCUGCAGCGCCUGUCGGAGGUGUGCGGGCCGGGCGCGGUGGCCGGCGUGGUGCCGCAGGUGGUGUGCCUGCUGGAGCUGCUGGAGGCGCUGGCGGCCGGCGCAGGCACCCCCCGCAAGCCGCCGCCGCCGCAGGUGAAGGCCGGCCAGGUGAUCGCGGGCCGGGCAGGGAGGGAGGAUGGGGAGCAGGCCCAGACCCUCUCGGAAGGCCAGAAGAGAGAGCACCUGCUGCAGAUGCGCCUGGCCCAGGUGGAAGAGGAGAACCAGAAGCUCUUGGCCCAGCUGGCUGGGGGCCAGUCCCUGGCAGACCAGACCACACGCCAAGAGAGAGAAGUGAUGCUGCGACUCAAGGAGGUGGUGGACAAGCAGAGGGAUGAGAUCCGGGCUCAGGCCCACGAGAUCCUCGGCCAGAGCCGCGAUGUGGAGGCGCUGCAGGAACAGCUCGGCCGCUUCAUGGCCGUGAACGAGGAGCUGCGUCACAAGCUGGCCGUUGUCCAGGCGCAGCUGAAGAAGGCCCUGGAGGAGAAGGAGGGCCUGGAGAACAGGCUGCUAGAGGCCAGCCGGGAAGUCGACAGGAUGAACAAGCCUUGGGGGAGAAGAGAGCCGUCUGGGCCUGGCCUGGACAAGGGUGCAGCAGCAGUGCCACCUAGCGAGGAGCCCCCUUGCAGACCCCAGGGGGGGAGAUGCUUCUCCAAGGAAGAACUUCAGGAGAUCCUUCAAGAGCGCAAUGAGCUCAAGACCAGCCUGUUCUUGGUGCGGGAGGAGCUGGCCUAUUACCAGCGCGAGCUGCUUAGCAAUGAGCGAAUCCCCAGUCUCCUCCUGGCUGCCAUGCAAUCGGCCAUCCGGAAGCAGCACAAGAAGGUCCGGGCCAAGAUGCUGGGGACAGCAGAGGAGCCAGGGAGCAGCGACGAAGAGGAGGAUGGAGGAGUGUGGCUGGCUACACCAGACUCUGACACGGUGGAUGGCCCCGUGGCCCCUUCCAGGAUCAAGAGCUUUUUUGGCCUGUGGUAUCUCAGCAGCAGCACCCGAGACAGCUCCACUGAAGCCUGCCCCGCAGCCUGGGAGAUGGUUGAUCCGCAGGAGGUUGGCUCGGAGGAGGAAGAGAAGGCAGUGGAGGAGAGGAAAGCGGCCUGA